UUUAAAUGUCCAUUGCUCGUUUGUCGACCAUUUGACAUGACAACGUUGCUGCUUGCAUCCACACCGGAAAUUUUUAUAAAAGUGAAAAGGGUGACGUGAAAUCUAUUCCUUUCUAUACCCAGUGUUUUAUAAUUUUUACAAUUUACACAAGUUUUUUUACAGAUGGCCCACCGUGGUAUCGUAACGUCGGUCGAAAACCGUGAAAACGCAAUGGUCGCCAGACCCAUUAAAAACCAUUUACCCGCAGGACCGAGCCGACGCCCUGUAUUAGCAGACAGUCUCAACCGCUUGGCUAACGAGAAACCUCUUUUAAUAAACAGGGCUGAAACAGCGAAACCUCUUAUCAAACUUGAUGUUAAAACUAAGACUGAAGCCAUCCCACAAGCAUUCAAAUCCAAACCUACAAAGCCUACAAGCCUACAAGUGACCGAAGACAACUCAUCUAAGAGCACAAAGACUGAAGCAUUACCGCACGAAGUCAAAUCCUACUCUUCCAAGCAACUUGAUAGUGUGAUCGAAGAGGAUGUAUCCAACGACAAUGACCCCCAGAUGGUGUCCGAGUACAUCACAGAUAUUUACAAGUACUUGAAAGACUGCGAACACAAAUAUCCCAUAAGAGAGAAUUUCCUCGCCGGUCAUAAAUCAACUCCUCGAAUGCGCACAAUUCUAGUGAAUUGGUUGGUUCAGGUCCAGCAAAACUUCGGUCUGUGUUUAGAAACCCUCCACUUGUGUGUGUCGAUAAUAGACAGAUACCUCCAAGCGAAUUUGACGGUGGACCGCAACAACUUGCAAUUGGUGGGCACCGCCUCACUUUUCAUCGCGUGCAAAUACGAGGAGAUGUAUUUCCCCGAACUUUCAGACUUUGAAUUUAUCUGUGAUAAUUCGUUCACAAAGAAUCAGAUUCUGCGGAUGGAAAUGAGCAUUCUAUCGUCGCUGAAAUUCGAGUUGGGCAAACCUUUGUCAAUUCACUUCUUGCGGCGGUACAGCAAAGUGGCGCAAGUUCGCAUUGAACACCACAACCUCUCCAAGUACUUGCUUGAAUUAGCGCUGCUCGAUUAUAACAUGUGUUACAUUACACCGUCGGCCCUAGCGGCCGCUGCUUCUUGCUUAGCGAUGGGAAUUUUAACCAACGUUUCUUGUCCUUCCAAGGUCUGGACGGACAGACUUUGCCGGUGCUCUGGUUAUAAGUACAAUGAUAUUAAACAAGUUGUGCGGAAAUUCGCAAAUUUGCUUCUGUUGGCUGAUACUUCCAAACAUAAAGCUGUUUAUCAGAAAUACACGGGCUCAAAAUUCAAUAAAAUCAGUACCCAUCCGAAGCUGAAAGGUGCUCUCGUUAAGAGGUUGGCGAAAGAUUGAUUUUAUUUAUUUUUUAUUAAGUAUCUACCACUAAGUCUACUAUUAAGGAUUGUUUUGUAAAGAAAAGAAAAUAAAAAUAUAUAAUCUGCUAAUAA